AUGAGGCAAGACAACGACUCUCCUCUAAGCUCGGCAAUGAACUGGAACUGUAGCAAGUCGGGUAUACAGAAUGUGACGGUCCUCGUGGAACAGUCCAACAUGGCGUGGUACUCGCCUGAGCUGGUUGAGGAGGUGUUUGUCCCCUCUGAGGUCCCUGGUGCUGCUAAUGCCUCUGUGGCGGCUUGUGUUGUUGUCUCUGCUGCUGCUGGGGCCUCGGCAGCUGAGGUGGCUGUGAUCGGUGCUAAUGGGGUCGCUGCUAUGCUGGAGGUUGCUACUCAGGUCGCUGCUACCGUGGAGGUUGCUGUGGCCCUCUCGACUACUGCAGAUGAGGGCGAGGGCACUCAAACAGGCGUGGACCAGCCAUUUUCAGAAGAUGAGAAAAUGCAGAUGUAUAGAGAGGAUGCAAUCCAAUGGGAGAAUGGUGCAAUCCAGUGGAGGGAUUUUUGGGCAAAGAAAAUGGGUUUUUUGUCUUUUUUUAGUGGAAAUGGGGUGAGGAAAGGGGAUGAAAGCAACGUGAGUGAAAGCAACAACAAUGAAAAGGAAGGGUAUUUUCGUCCUCAAAUUGGGUGUCCGUACAUGCAAGAGGUGCUUGUCCCGUCUGAGGUCCCUGGUGCUGCUGCUGCCUCUACGACAGUCUGUACUACUGUCUCUGCUGUUGUUGGGGCCUCGACGGCUGAGGUAGCUGCGGUCGCUGCUGAUGGGGUCGCUGCUGCACUGGAGGCUGCUGCUGCGGUCGCUGCUGCGCUGGAGGCUGCUGUAGCCCUCUCGGCAGCUGCAGAUGAGGGCGGGGGCACUCAGACACACAGUGCCAUGUCCCACCACAUCCAUAAUAGGUCCCUGAAAAUGGCUGUUGGGGUGGCGUUGGUGCUCUAG